AUGACUCAUCUCUAUAAUCUCAUUGCCUUUCUUAUCCCUUCUGUCCUUGCUGGCUCUGUGCCAAAGACUUGCAAGGCAUACCCUGGGUCUUCAGAUUGGCCUUCUCACAAGGCGUGGUCUCGUCUCAACGACACUUUAGACGGAAGACUCUUUGCGCCUGUUCCUCCUGGGGCUGUAUGCCAUAAAGGCUGGCCAUCUUAUGACAAAGAUACUUGUCCCAAGGUCGCUGAGGCUUGGAAACAUUAUGAUCUUCACACGCAGGAUCCUGUUUCUCUGAUUUAUGAUCAGUAUUCCAACUGGACUUGUCUUCCAGAUGAGAGCUAUCCUUGCAGUGGAAGUGGAUAUCCUGCUUAUGUUGUUAAUGUUACCAAGGCGGAGGAUGUCAAAAUUGGGGUCGACUUUGCUCGGAAGAACAACAUCAGACUCGUUGUCAAGAAUACUGGCCAUGACUACAUAGGCCGCUCCAUUGCCCCCGGUUCUCUCUCCCUCUGGACUCACCAUCUCAAAGACAUAACUUACCAUAAAGGCUCCUUCAAGCUUUACAACUCCAAGACUGUCAUCACGGGCGAUGCUGUUACUGCCGGCGCAGGAACCCAAAUGUAUGAUCUCUACACUAUGCUGGAUAAGUAUAGCCGCGUAGUUGUUGGCGGCGGCGGAAAGACUGUCGGUCUUGGAGGCUACGUUACUGGCGGUGGCCAUUCACUCCUAUCGACGAAGCAUGGCCUUGCGGUUGAUCAAGUUCUCCAGAUGACGAUGGUCACACCAUCCGGGAAGAUUCUGACCAUCAACGAAGAUAACCAUCCUGAUCUAUUCUGGGCAAUGCGAGGAGGCGGCGGCUCAACCUUUGGUGUCCUCACAUCCAUCACCAUGAAAGUCUACAAAACCCCCAAAAUCACCGCAUCAGCCUUUUUAAUCGGGACAUCCGCAGCCGCUCCCUUCAAGUACGAUCUCCUCGCCUACAUCCUCUCCCAGUUCCCCUCUUUAUCCGACGCCGGUCUUUCAGGCUAUACAAACCUCAGCCCCCAAACACCCAACCCCGCCGGCGGAUCCGACGAAGUAGCCGGGAUCCAGGGUGUUUUUGCGGCACAGGACGUCAACGACCCAGAGUACAUUCUCAAGUUAUUCAAGCCGAUCAAUGAUACUAUCCAGAAGCGGUGGCCGGGGUAUGUGCAGUUUAGUGCUACGAAGGAAGAAUAUGGCUCGUUUUUGGAAUGGUAUGAUGUUUAUUUUGAUCAGGGUGCUGCGGGGGUGACGCUCUAUCUUGCUUCUAGAUUGUUGGGUAGGGAGGCACUAGGUGAUGAGAAGGAGUUCAGGGGGGCGUUGGAAGAGAGUUUGGUUGCUGCUGGGGGUUUGACAGCUCAUUUGAUCGCUGGGAAAGGCGUCAGGGAUGCGAAGCCCAGAGGAGGAAGUGUAGCUGUUAACCCGGGUUGGAGGAAGACUUAUAUUCACGCCAUAUCUGGAGAGUCUUUUGAGCCUUUCAACAAGACUUCUAAAGCUGAGGCAGUUAAGAGGCUGAACAGAUCCAUGGAGCCAUUCCGCAAACUGUCUCCGGAUACAGGUGCUUAUAUCAACGAGGCUCUUCCUUUCGAGCCAGACUGGCAGCAUGCCUUUUGGGGCAAGAACUACGACAGACUUUUGUCGAUAAAGAGGAACGUUGAUCCCGAUGAUGUUUUCUGGUGCUUCCCUUGUGUUGGAAGUGAGAGGUGGCAACAGAAAGACAAUGGUCGUCUCUGCCGAGUCAAAUAA